AUGAGGAAUACAAAGUCUGACUCCGAGUGGUUCUACCGUCUAGCGCAGUUUUCGAUAGCCACUAGUGUGUGCUCGUUGAUCUUCCUCGGUUUCACCCUCCCCGGGCUCUACCUGAAGACUGUUGAGGAGCAGAAUCGACUUCACGAUCGAGCUGGAGUGUUUAAGGAGGUCACGACCCGACUAUGGAACGAGAAGCUUCGCAUUCAAUCCCAGUUCUUCGGCACGUCAGUCCAGUUCUUUAGCAGAGCAAAGAGACAGAUCUACGAUGGGGUAUGUAAAGGCUGCGGCCAGCUAGCUUGCCCUUACGGCCCACCGGGUCCACCCGGACCUCCCGGAUCUGAUGGGAUGCCAGGAGAACCCGGAAACCAAGGAAAUACUGGAGGAGACGGUAUGGACGUGCAGUUGGACACCGAGCCUGAGAUGCCAUGUGUUGUCUGUCCGGGUGGACCGAUAGGACCGAGAGGCCCCCAGGGCGAGCGAGGUCGGCAAGGCGAGCCUGGCACACCUGGAGGCCUUGGCCCUCACGGCGCUAUGGGCAUGGAUGGACCUCACGGACCUGCUGGUGCUCCUGGUGAGCCUGGGCCCAAGGGCCCUGAAGGCCCAAGUGGACAGGCUGGAAAGACUGCCGUUGCUGGCAUCGGAAUCAAGGGACCGAAGGGGCCACCCGGACCUGCCGGCAUGAUGGGAUCGCCAGGACCGACGGGCCGCGGCUCCGUCAAUCCCGGGCCAACCGGACCACCUGGACCCUCUGGACCGAUGGGAGCUGCCGGACGACUUGGCCACCCAGGCCAAGAAGGUCCUUAUGGACCCCCAGGAGACCCAGGAAUGCCCGCAUCCUAUUGCCCGAGUGAUUGCGGCGUCAGCCAUAUUCUGUCGAGCGUCGUGCCGUCGGAGAAAGUCAAGAUGGCAGUCCUAAAGCAAAUGGAGGAUGAGAAUGCUGGUGAUCACUACUAUGGAGGCCCAAAGACGGACGCAGCCGGAGCGUCGCGUAGUGGAUAUAGCUCAAACGGAAAUGACCUCGGUGGAUGGCAGCGUGAUGAGCCGGUCUUCAAGCCUAAAGCUCAGCCGGCUUCAUCUGGGCUUUCAUACGACAACUCUGUUCCUGAUGGAUAUGAGAAGCUGAUGGCAGAUGCCGAAUUCCGAGCAAAACUGGCUAGGAAGAUCCGUCGCAGGAAGAUGAGGAUCGCGAAGCGGCAU